AUGGAGGUUGGAAACCACAGCAGUGUGACCCAGUUCAUCAUUUUGGGGUUAACAGAAGAUCCUACACUUAGUGUCAUCUUCUUUGUGAUAUUUCUAGGAAUCUAUGCGGUCACCUUAAUGGGCAACGUCAGCAUCAUUGUGUUAAUCAGAAGCAGCCCUCAGCUUCAUACCCCAAUGUACCUUUUCAUCUGUCAUUUGGCCUUUGUAGACAUCUGGUUCUCUUCCUCAGUCACACCUGUCAUGCUCAUGGGCUUCCUGAGGAAAGGAAUCUCUCUGCCUGUUGCUGGCUGUGUGGCCCAGCUCUGUUCUGUGGUCACCUUUGGGAGCGCUGAGUGCUUCCUGCUGGCUGCCAUGGCCUAUGAUCGCUAUGUCGCCAUCUGCUCUCCCCUGUGCUACUCCUCCCACAUGGCCCCCAGAAUCUGCCUUCUCUUAGUGGCGAUGUCCUACCUGGGUGGAUGUGUGAAUGCUUGGACAUUCACUGGAUGUUUAUUGAGUCUGUCUUUCUGUGGACCAAAUCAGGUAAGUCACUUUUUCUGUGAUUUCUCCCCUUUGCUGAAACUUUCUUGCUCAGAUAUCUCCAUUAUUGAAAUUAUCCCUUCCGUUUCUUCUGGAUCCAUCAUUGUGGUCACGAUGUUUGUGAUAUCUGUCUCUUACAUCUGUAUCCUCAUCACAAUCCUGAAGAUACGCUCUGCUGAAGGGCGACACAAGGCCUUCUCCACCUGCACCUCCCACCUCACUGCGGUUACUCUCUUCUAUGGAACCAUCACAUUCAUUUAUGUGCUGCCCAAGUCCAGCUACUCACCUGAACAGAACAGAGUGACGUCUGUGUUCUACACGGUGGUGAUCCCCAUGUUGAAUCCCCUCAUCUACAGUCUGAGGAACAGAGAUGUGAAGGAGGCCAUGAGAAAGGCAGCUGUCAGAUUAUAUUCUUAG